CCAAGGUUGCCCAAACUGAUCAACAGACCCCACAAUCCACACCUUCGCACUCACGCAGCCCACAAUGCCACCGAAGGCUGCGAAUCCGGCACGGCGCAAAGGUCCCGCGUUCAACCCACCAAGGCCGGUCAAGCCAGCAGCGCAACCCUCCACCUCCGCCAAACGCGCUCCAGGAGCACCGGUGUCGCGUCCAACGGGCAGCACGAAGAACGCUGCAACAUCACGGAACAACUUCCGACCAGCGGCAACGAUAUCUUCAGAUAAGGAGCAAGAAGAUGAUGAGCUUGAUGAGCUUUCGUUCCCCGACCUGGAUGAGAUGAUGGAAGACGCUCCUGAAGACGACGACAGACCGCAACGCCGCCCUCCGCAGCCGUCGAUACAGCCAAUAUCCGCGCCACUUCUCACGAGGCUACUCCACGAGCACUUCGAGGAUGAGCAAACGCAGAUACAAAAGGGCGCAAUGAACUUGUUCGGCAGCUACAUGAGCAUAUUCGUGCGGGAGGCUAUCGCGAGAGCCAAGGACGAACGCGAAAAGGCGGCUAAACGGGGAGGCAUAUCGGACGGACAUCUACAAGUUGAGGACUUGGAAAAGCUCGCGCCGCAAUUGGUAUUGGACUUCUGAGCGACUGGACACGGUUGACCGGA